AUGGCUGAAAAUAGGAAUAAUUGGAAGAUUAUUAUUAGUUAUUUGUGUAUUAGUGGGGUGGCUUUUUUAACUUUAUUAGAACAAAAAGUUUUAGGAUAUAUUCAAAUUCGAAAAGGUCCUAAUAAAGUAGGCUUUAUUGGAUUAUUACAACCAUUUAGUGAUGCUGUAAAAUUGUUUACUAAAGAAAUUACUUAUCCUUUAUUAUCAAAUUAUAUUUUUUUAUUAUUUUCUCCAAUUUUUUCUUUAUUUUUAUCUUUAUUGAUUUGAAUGAGAAUACCUUAUUUAAUUAAAUUAUAUUCUUUUAAUUUAGGUGUUUUAUUUUUUUUGUGUGUGAUUAGAAUGGGGGUAUACACAGUUAUAGUAGCAGGGUGAUCAUCUAAUUCAAAUUAUGCAUUAUUAGGAGGUUUACGUGCAGUUGCUCAGACUAUUUCUUAUGAAGUUAGUUUAGUUUUAAUUUUAUUAAGUUUUAUUUUUUUAAUUGGUAAUUAUAAUUUAUUAAAUUUUUAUGAGUUUCAGUUAUAUAUAUGAUUUAUUGUAUUUUGUUUUCCUUUAUCAUUAGUAUGAUUUGCUUCUUGUUUAGCAGAAACUAAUCGAACUCCUUUUGAUUUUGCUGAAGGGGAGUCAGAAUUAGUUUCUGGAUUUAAUGUUGAAUAUAGAAGAGGAGGUUUUGCUUAUUUUUUGGCAGAAUAUUCAAGAAUUUUAUUUAUAAGAAUAUUAUUUAGAGUAAUUUUUUUAGGGAGAGAUAUUUAUAAUUUUAUUUUUUUUUAAAAAUUACAAUUAUUUCAUUUUUAUUUAUUUGAGUUCGGGGGACUUUACCUCGAUUUCGGUAUGAUAAAUUAAUAUAUUUAGCUUGAAAGAGAUUUUUACCUAUGUCUUUAAAUUAUUUAUUUUUUUUUAUUGGUGUAAAAAUUUUUAUUUUAUUUUUAUUAUUUUAA